UCCGGUUCCGGUGUCCCUCUCUUCUUCCCUCCCCGCCUACAGCCAUGGCCGCCGUGGUCGCCGCCCCCGGUCCAGGUGCUCCCCUGCCCCCGGACGAAUUGCUUCCGAAAGGUGAAGCGGAGAAGACGGAGGAGGAGCUGGAGGAGGAUGACGACGACGAGCCAGAUGAGACCCUGUCGGAGAGACUCUGGGGUCUGACGGAGAUGUUUCCCGAGAGGAUCCGGUCCGCGGCCGGAGCCACUUUUGAUCUCUCCCUCUUUGUGGCUCAAAAAAUGUACAGGUUUUCCAGGGCAGCCUUGUGGAUUGGGACAACUUCCUUCAUGAUCCUGGUUCUUCCUGUUGUCUUUGAGACUGAGAAGUUGCAAAUGGAGCAACAGCAGCAACUGCAGCAGCGGCAGAUACUCCUAGGGCCUAACACGGGGCUGUCAGGAGGAAUGCCAGGGGCUCUCCCUUCACUACCUGGAAAGAUCUAGGUUGUUACCAGAAGUUUGAAAAUUCAAUACUGUUUGAACUGCUGAUUUUUUUUUUUUAUUUUUUUUUUGCACCAAAACAAUUUGGUUGGGAAAAUUUCCCCGUCACUGUCUCAUGGAGACUCCCAACUUGCAACUGUGCCCUCCAAGCUUUCCUGACUUCGCUCCUCACUCUGCCACCAGAGUGCACUGAAGCAGAUGGUCACUCCCAACUCCGGCCACCCGCCUCUCACUGAAUUACUCCUCACCAGGUCUCAGUGUGAUUGUGGAAUAUGAACUGAUGCCACUGGGAAGGAUGUAUCGCUGACCAUUGACGACGGUUUGGUUUUGUCAUGCACACUAUAUGAAAUACAGAUGCAUUACUGCUGCGGUGUAAAAGCAGCCACUGUGAAGUUCUGUGUAUGUUGGAAAAGAGGGAGGAUUUUUAACCACAGGAUGGGUGCUGUGGAGGGCAGAGCAGCAGCUCACUCCUCUGCACAUUUUGGCCAUUAGACCUGUGUCUAAAAGAGAGAAAAAAAGUCAGUGCUCACUUUUGUAAUUAAAUAUUUAAAAUGAUUCCAUGAUUCCAA